AUGGUCCAGAGCUACUUUCGGCAUGGGCCCACCGAGGCCUUUGGCUUGAUAUGCAGUGCAUCGUCUAACUCCGUAUACGAUGGCAAGUUCGCCUACGUCCCUGCACUGGAAGAUGUCCUCGUGUGGGACGUUAAAAAGGGCCAAAUGGUUGCAAUGUGGCACGAGGCUGGACAUCGUAGCGAAGUAACGAGCAUCCUGUCCUCUCCAACGAGGAGUACAUUUGCUGUCGGUUACGCCGACGGGUCCAUCCGCAUCUGGGACAAUGCCUCGGGCUCCGUCAUAACGACACUCAACGGGCACAAGAAAGCGGUCUCUGCACUAGCAUAUGAUGAAACUGGGACGAGGCUGGCGUCAGGUUCUCAGGAUACGGAUCUCAUCGUGUGGGAUUUGGUUGCAGAAGUUGGCCUGUUCAGACUGCGCGGACACCGGGACCAGAUAACAGUCAUUCGAUUCCUCUCAGUUGACUCGGGAAAUCUUCCUUCAAAUUCCACUUCUCCUGGAACCGGGCUGCUCUUGACCGCGUCCAAGGACACACUAUUGAAAGUGUGGGAUCUAUCCACCCAGCAUUGUAUCCAAACCGUAGUGGCUCAUCGCUCGGAGGUUUGGACCUUGGCGGUGGACACCCAACAGGGCCUAGCCUUCACCGGAAGUGGAGAGGGCGAGCUGAAGGCAUGGACGUUGGAUACUGCUCCGUAUGAGGAGAGGCUCAAAGACGCAGCCCCCGGCGAAGUGCCCAAGGUCGUACUCCCACUCUCUUCACUCCCUCUUUCUUCACGCAAUCGCGUAACCCAAGUUUCCUUUCAUCCUUCCCAACCCUUCUUUGCGGUGCAAUCGCACGAGCGGUCCGUUGAAAUUUUCCGUAUACGUACCGAGGAGGAGAUCAGGAAGAAGCAGGCAAGGAGGAAGAAGCGCGCUAAAGAAAAGCAAGUGGAGAAGAGUGGAAAGGGUAGGCCGGGUGGUGCAACUGACGAUCCGAAAGAGGAUGGCGUAGAGGAAGAUAUCGAUCUUGUGGACCGCUUCACGCCGUAUCUCGUAAUCAGGGCUACCGGCAAGGUUCGCUCCUUCGAUUUCGGACCUGGGGACAUGCAACAGAAUCUAAAAGGCGGCACGCCUCUGUUUAUGGCACUCGCGAGCAAUGCUCUGGAAGUGUAUAGCAUACCACCUCCCUCAAAGUCGAAGUCAAAAGAAGAUCUGCCGGAGGCUACCCGUGUCUAUUCGGUAGACAUUCCAGGUCACAGAAAUGACGUUCGUACGCUCUGCUUGAGUUCUGACGAUACGCUUCUGGCUUCGGCAUCAAACGGCUCCUUGAAAAUAUGGAAUAUGAAGACCACCUCUUGCAUUCGGACGCUGGAUUGUGGCUACGCCAUUUGCAGCAUGUUCCUUCCUAGCGAUCGCCACGUCGUCAUCGGUACAAAAAGCGGGGAAAUGCAAAUAUUCGAUAUUGCAUCCUCGACGCUGUUGGAGACGAUCGAAGCGCACAAGGGAACUCUAUGGUCGAUGCAUUUGCGAUCAGACGAGAUGGCUCUAGCGACUGGCAGUGCCGAUAAGGAUGUGAAAUUCUGGGACGUCAAGCACAGGAACUCCGAAGACAGCGUACGUGACGGGAGACAAGUUACCCUGGUGCAUACGAAGACAUUAAAGAUGACUGAUGACGUACUCGCUGUACGAUACAGUCCGAACGGGAAGCUACUCGCGGUCGCACUGCUUGACUCUACCGUCAAGGUGUUUUACGAGGAUACGUUGAAAUUUUUCAUUUCACUCUACGGCCACAAGCUCCCUGUGCUAGGAAUGGACAUCUCGCAUGACUCCAAGCUGAUUGUAACCUGCUCCGCGGACAAGAACGUCAAAAUCUGGGGACUCGAUUUCGGUGAUUGUCACAGGUCGAUUUUCGCGCAUGACGAAAGCGUCAUGCAGGUCGCGUUCGAAUACGAGUCGCACUACUUCUGGACGGUCGGUAAGGACAGAAUGGUCAAGUAUUGGGAUGGUGACAAGUUCGAGAAUAUCCAGAAACUGGAAGGUCACCAUUCGGAGGUUUGGGCAUUGGCAGUCAGUCACGCAGGUAAACUGGUGGUCACUGGGUCGCACGAUAAGUCUAUCCGGGUAUGGGAGAAACUUGACGAUGAGCUAUUCCUGGAAGAAGAGCGGGAAAAGGAACUCGAAGCUAUAUAUGACUCUGGGAUCACCGACACUAUGAAUCGCGAGGAUGCAGCUAUAGGAUCAGGGGUAGACGGCGCCACGAUGGACUCGGCGGAAGCGACCGCCGUACACAAGCAAACGACGGAGACGCUCAUGGCCGGUGAGCGAAUUGUCGAGGCCCUUGAUCUCGCGGACGGGGAAAGGACUGCGAUUGCCCUGUGGGAGGCGGAUAAGGCGAAGCUUUCCGAAGAAGAUGCCAGUCGGCUCCCACCGCCUCAGCGGAACCCGGUACUAACUGCGUAUGAUGUCGAGCCGGAAGGGUGGGUGCUCCGGGUUGUGGAGAAGAUACCCAAUGCGGCACUGGAGGACGCUUUGCUGGUCUUGCCGUUCGGAAAGGUGCUCAGUCUCAUGUGGUACCUCGAUGAAUGGGCCAAGCGGGAUUGGAACAUAACGCUCACAUGCCGCGUCUUGUUUUUCCUGCUGAAAACGCAUCAUCACCAGAUUGUGGCCAACCGCGUCAUGCGCACAGCGCUCAUUCCGCUUCGAAAGCACCUUCGGUCCGUUCUCGCGAAGCAGAAGCAGACGAUAGGUUACAACCUCGCGGCGUUGGAGUACAUUCGACGGCAGAAUGAAGCCUCGCGAACGGCACAAUUCUAUGAAGAGGAAGGCUUGGAUGAGGCCAAGGUCAGAGCGAAAAUCGCGGACGGCCGAAAGAGGAAACGAGUUAAUAUCAAAGCUUGA